CACUCUAAGCUCAGGUUACAGGUAAAGGGAGCUCUGCUAAUCUCAGCAGAGGCUCUAGAGCAAUAUUGGUGCUGAGCGAACAGGCUGCAGUUUAACUAUCAAAAUGAGCACGCCAGCCUUCAGUAAUGUGAGUCGGAACCCAGGCCUGCAUAUAUGGUCCAUUGAGAAAUUGCAAAUGGUUCCACUACCUGAAAAGGCGUAUGGGAGUUUCUUUGAAGGAGACUGUUACAUCGUAAUAUACAACAAGAAGGUUUCCAACAGCAUCUCCAGUGACAUCCACUACUGGAUUGGAAAGGACUCAACUCAGGAUGAGCAGGGUGCCGCCGCUGUCUACACGUCUCAGCUGGAUGAGGCUUUAGGGGGGAGUCCCAUCCAGCACAGGGAGGUGCAGGGCUUCGAAUCGGAGAAGUUUAAAAGUUACUUCAAGAACGGUGUCAUCUACAAGAAAGGUGGUGUGGCCUCAGGAUUUAAACACGUGGAAACGAACAUGUACAAUAUACGCCGUCUUCUCCAUGUAAAAGGAAAGAAACAUGUCACGGCCACAGAGGUGGAAUUAUCAUGGAACAGUUUCAAUCGGGGCGAUGUCUUCCUGCUUGACAUGGGGAAAGUCAUCGUCCAGUGGAAUGGCCCAGAAAGCAACAAGUCUGAAAGAAUACGGGCCUGUUCUUUGGCUCAGAGCAUUCGUGAUGAUGAAAGAGGUGGCAGAGCCCAGAUUGGCAUUGUAGACAACGAGCAAGACUCUCCUGACCUGAUGCAGAUAAUGAACGCAGUCCUGGGGAGUAGAACAGGAGAACUUAAAGCAGCCAUACCAGAUGAGAAGGCUGAUGAACAGCAAAAGGCCAAUGUCAGACUUUACCAUGUUUUUGAAAAGGAUGGAGAUUUGGUGGUUCAGGAAAUAGCCACAAAGCCCCUUACACAAGACCUGUUACAACAUCAGGAUUGCCAUAUUCUAGAUCAAGGUGGAGUAAAGAUAUUUGUCUGGAGAGGAAAGGUCUCUAGUCCGGAGGAGAAGAAGGCAGCUUUCAGCAGAGCAGUGGGUUUCAUACAAGCCAAAGGAUAUCCAGCUACCACCAACGUGGAGGUAAUGAAUGACGGUGCUGAGUCCUCUAUGUUCAAACAGCUUUUCCAGAACUGGAGAGAUGUUGAUGAAACACAGGGCAUUGGGAAAACGUACAACAUUGGUAAAAUUGCCAAAGUAGAACAAAAGAAGUUUGACAUCAAUGAACUCUAUGCCCAUCCUGAGCUAGCGGCUGAGCAGAGGAUGGUAGAUGACGCCUCUGGGAAGGUUGAAGUCUGGAGGAUUGAAAAUCUAGAAUUGAAAGAGGUCGAGCCUAAAACAUUUGGACGAUUCUAUGGAGGAGAUUGUUACUUGGUGCUGUAUACAUACAUGAAGGCUGGGAAACCCAAUUACUUCCUUUACAUGUGGCUCGGACGUCACGCAUCUCAAGAUGAAAUCACGGCGUGUGCCUUCCAUGCCGUAGAACUGGAUCGCAAGUACCAAGACCAGCCAGUCCAAAUCCGAGUGACCAUGGGGAAAGAACCUAAACAUUUCCAAGCCAUCUUCAAGGGAAAGAUGAUUAUAUACGAGGGAGGAACUAGUCGAGCUGAGAAGACUGAGCCGGAACCACCAAUUCGAUUGUUCCAAGUCAGAGGAACGGAUGAAUUUAACACCAAGGCCACGGAAGUUCCAGCUAGAGCAGCGUCUCUUAACUCCAAUGAUGUCUUUGUCUUAAAAACUGAUUUAGUUUGCUAUUUAUGGUGUGGAAAGGGCUGCAGCGGAGAUGAACGAGAGAUGGCGAAGAACGUGGCAGAUGUUAUCUCCAAACAGGACAAACAAACCAUUCUGGAGGGUCAGGAACCGGCUGAAUUCUGGGUGGCCCUCGGAGGGAAAGUUCCUUAUUCCAGCGACAAAAGAUUCCAGGAAAGCGUUGUGCGUUACAAACCACGACUCUUUGAGUGCUCCAAUCAGACUGGUCGCUUCAUCAUGACAGAAGUGGUUGAUUUCGCUCAAAGUGACCUUGAUGAGGAUGAUGUAAUGUUACUGGACACUUGGGAAGAGCUCUUCUUGUGGAUCGGUAGAUCAGCCAAUGACUAUGAAAAGCAAGAGUCACUCACCUCUGCAAAGGAGUAUUUGAAAUCCCACCCAGCUGGCAGGGACCAAGCUACCCCCAUUAUAACUGUGAAACAGGGACAUGAGCCCCCCACCUUCACUGGCUGGUUCGAUGCCUGGGACUCUCACAAAUGGAGUUCUGACUUGUCGUAUGAAGACAUGAAGAAGAAUCUGGGAGAUGUCUCUGCUAUUUCACAGAUAAAUGUGGAUUUACAAAACACAAACCUGAACAAAACCAGCGCCCCCGCAGCGCCCCAGAAUUACAGAAAUGCCACACCACCCCCCCCUGUAGGGACCACUAACGGGAACCAGCAAUACAGCAACGGUAAUCUUGCACAGACCAAUGGCAGUGAACCACAGAACCAAUACACAGAGCCAGCGCCAGCACCAGCGACAGCAAACAAUGGUCAACAAUGGUUUGAUAAGACCCUGCUGCUUAACAAGACCACUGAAGAACUUCCUGAAGGAGUGGACCCCUCUAAAAAGGAGUUCUACUUAUCUGAUGAAGAUUUUGGCAAGAUUAUGGGAAUGCCAAAAGCCAAUUUUUACCAACUGCCCAAAUGGAAGCAGCAGAACAUGAAGAAGCAACAUGGCCUCUUUUAAAGAAAUACUCACUGAGACCGGCUCCCGGUUUGUCUGUUUUUUGCUUUACUCUCCAAACUAUCGUUCCCGCCAAAGGAAAAUCAAACAUGAACUGACUGACAACACGUAACAUUAUUACCGUAACUAACAAUGAGAGCUAUGUAGUAAGGACAUGGUAAAAAAAAAAACUGGGACCUGCAUAGAACGUUCUUCAUUCUUUAUGGGUUUAUAUGCUGACAAAUUUUAUAAAAAUUCCCCUUUGCAUGUUUAGUUUAUGUCUAAAUGUCGAUGCUGGGUGGGCUGUGCAGGGCUCCCAUGGAAAAAGUAGGGGGCAAAAGGAACACAACAAGUGCCAUAACAACUGCUGAUUAUUGAAGAGCUCUUUGUAGUAGUUAUGGUGCAAAGAAGCAGUCCCUCUGGGUUUUUUCUACAGGGUUUGAUACAUACUGGAGGAUUUUCCAGUGGUCAAAGUUCAUUAUUGGCACAUAAUAUAUUUUCCAUUGUGCGUGAUUUGGCCAUGCCGAAUUGCAUCUAUCACUUUAGGACCCAGACUUCCCUGGGACACAACUGUUAAUUUUUAUCCUGAUGUCAGUUUAUAUGUUAAAACCAUGAGCUAACUAUAGAUGGCACCACAGUGCUAUAAAUCCUUAUAAAACACAAAGGCUCUCAUAUCGUUAAGUAUUGUUUUAAAGACACCCAUACAUUUAUUUAUGCAAUAUCACAUCCCUCACGCUCCUGCAGAGUAAUAUGAAGUGCUCCAUACGGAUUCAUAGCAGACAGUGAGGGACUUCACAAUCAUGUUACGGGUUAACACCUGGGGGUUUCUGCAACAGUUCUAAAAUCGAGCAGGGAAUGUUCUUUCUACUCGAAUCAUUCCAUUUAAAUAAUCCCUAGUGUAACAUUUGCGGAUAUAAAACUUGUGCUAUUUGCCAAUAUUAGAAGCUAUACAAAGAGUUUGCCAAAUGUUCUUAAUGCCGGGGGAUCCCGUGGAAAUUUCUUAACACAUUCUGUGUAUUUUGUUUUGUCGAACUUUCACAAUCACACAAAUAAAAGUAAAUAGAUAUUCUGAUGCGUAUAGGGGUAUGACAUUGUCCCACCACAGUGCCAUCGAUCUGGGGUAAAUACGAUCCCUUUCUAUAUUAAUAAGAGUGUGUGAUUCAAUAAAGACUAUGCUGGUA